UCUUUUCCCCUCUCCUAGCCUGUUCCUGCUUAUUUUUGGUGCCCAUCCCCAGCGUGAGCAUCAGGCCAACACUGACAUCAAGUGGCUACUGGGAUCCCUCGCACGCCUCGGCCGUAUCCUGCCUCUCUCUGUGCGGGGGGCAACCUAGCAUCACCCGCAUGGCCUCAUCCUGCCGUGGAGAGGGGUCCAGAGUAGGGUCAGGAGCCGUGGCCAGUUGUACCCGGCCAGGUCUCCAUCACCCGUGGUCACGCAGGCAGGAUGCAGGCAGCUGGACUCCACCACCACCCCACUGCUGUCCCCAGCCGGCCAUCACCAUGUCCUCCUCCUGUACGCGCAGGCCCGGCCACGCAGUCGAUAUCCGAGCAGGGUCGAAUCAAGCGCGCUGACAGCAUCACCAAGCACGGAGCAUCCGCUGCAUCCCUCACCCCCGGGGUGCUGGUGGGGAUCCCCUGGACAUGGCAUCCCCAUCCUUGCAGGUGGCAAGGUCAUGGUGACGGGUGAGCGGUGAGGUCACGGUGGCCCUGCCACCCCUGGGGAUACUUGUCCUUGACGCCCUGCGGCAACCGUGGACUUUGUGCUGAGCGCGGAAGUGGCGGCGGUGCCACGUCUGCUGGAGCUGGCAGAGCCCCAGGUCACUGUGAGACCUGGCUUCGGACCACAGCUCCGUGGUGGCUCUGUGGUGAACAGAAGGAUCAGGGACCUGCUGGUGUCUUGGGACAGGACUGGACAGUGACAGGUCAGUGCUGUGGGGUUGGUGCUUGAGUGCUGCUACAUUGCACCCUUGGGUGUCAUCAUCCUGUCCUCCUAACCUUAGCAUAGACAGAGUGAGGAGGUGACAUGUAUAAGGGUAUAUGUCCUUUGCUCUACAAAUGAGACUUCCUGGGGAUUUCCUGGCUGAUGCAAGACUGGGCAUGAGAAAAACCGUGUCCUUGAGCUAAGGUGCUACUGUAAAGAGGUUGUCCCUAAGAAGGGACUUUGCUUUAGCAUGUUUGGCCCCUUGCUGGGUCUCUUUGGGUCCCUCAGGACAUCAGCUCUUACAGACUGAAAGUGUCUUAAUCUGCCAUCAGAGGUGUGUAGGAUGGGGAAUGCGGGGAGGGGUGGAUAGAUGCUGGAGGUCUCCCAUGGCAGGGAGAAAGUGUCCCCACAGCCGGAGCAGAAACGUGUGCAUCGCCUCAGCACCCCAACCCCAGCACAGGGCUGCCGGAAACCUCAGGGCCACAACCAGCACUCGUCCUGACAGCACCAGCACCCAGGGAGGAGCUGUUGGUGCCACCAUGUCCCAGGCAGAAGGUACGGCUGAGCCCUUGGUCUGUCCUGGGGGAGGCUCAGGCUUUGCAUUGGGACCCCAGUGCGGGUGUGAUGCUCACAGUCAGCACCAGUCUCCAUGCCAUCCUGUUUAAUGGCCCCAUUUUUCUUGAAUUUUUGAUCCUAAAAGCACAUUUCCCCCCCAAACCGUGAUCUGGGCUGCUCGAGGAGCAAUCAUGGUAGCAGCUCUUGUCCCCAUGUCAUCCCCCCCCGGUCCCAUCACCUCCCAUAGGGAGGGUGGUAGAACCUGGAUGGAGUUGGGGGUACAGAAAGAAGCACUGAGGAGGAGUGCAGGCAGCUGGUCCCCAAAGCAUGAGAGAUCCAUACAUGGACCACUCUGCUCCAUCCCUCCCAGGAGGUGAGAAGUUUGAAUACUGUGAUGUGGUCAUCAACAGCCAGGAGCAGGUUUCAGAUGUGUACACGCAGCUGGAGAAGCUGGGAGAAGGGAAGUUCGGGAUGGUGUUCCGCCUGCAGGAAAAAGCCACUGGCAAAAUCCGGGCUGGGAAAUAUUUCCGGACACGGACAGCGAAGGAGAAGCAGGCGGCUUGGGAUGAGGUGGAGCUCAUGAACGGGCUGCAUCACCCGCGCCUCGUACAGUGCCUUGCUGCCUUCCAGGGCCCCGCCGAGCUGGUGAUGGUGAUGGAGUAUGUGGCAGGUGGGGAGCUCUUCGAGCGCGUCGUGGACGAUGACUUCGAGCACACAGAGCCCAGCAGCACCCAGUACCUGCGGCAGAUCCUGGAGGGGCUGCAGUUCAUGCACGGUCAGGCCAUCGUCCACCUCGACCUUAAACCCGAGAACAUCGUGUGUGUCAGCCCCAGCAGCCACUGGCUCAAGAUCAUUGACUUCGGCUUGGCGCGGAAGCUGGCUCCAGGCACCCCUGUGAAAGUGUUACAUGGCACCCCUGAGUUCAUGGCUCCAGAAGUGGUCGCCUUUGAGCCUGUGGGCUUCUCUACAGACAUGUGGAGUGUUGGUGUCAUUUGCUACAUCCUGCUGAGUGGGGAGUCCCCCUUCCAGGGGGACAAUGACAUGGAAACACUAAGCAACAUCACAGCUGCCCAGUGGGACUUUGAGGAGGAGACCUUCUCGGACAUCUCCCAGCUAGCCAAGGACUUCAUCAGCCAACUGCUGCAGAAGGACCCCCGGCGCCGGCUCUCCAGCACGGGGGCCCUGCUGCACCCCUGGCUGCAGCAGCCCCAGCUUUGCAGCAUGAAGGCACUGCCCAAGGAGAAGAUCAAGCAGUUCCUGACCCAUCGGAAGUGGCAGAAAACAGGUAAAGCCCUGCUGGCCCUCAACAGGCUGACCCUGCUGUCCCAGAGCCUGGAGAGGAAAGUCUUGGAGACUCAGGAUGAGGAAGACCUAGGCUGCACCCCAGAGGAGGACCAAACCUCUGGAUCUCAGCUCCAACGAGGUUCCAGUAUAUCAGAGUCGCUGCCAGACAAAAAGGAAGACGAAGACAGGAGCACUGCAGACACAGGGGAGGCAGAGAGCAGUGUCAGUGUGGCCAUGCCACCCCAGACCUAGACCACCUAGAGCUGCUGCUGAGAGAAGAGAAGGGACCAGUGGGGAUGAAACCUUCUCCAGCAGCUCACGAUGACCUGGCCGCCCUGGGGUGGACCCAGAGCCCAGGGCUCCUCUCCCAUGGGUGAGGUCUGGGGUCCCAUGGUGUCCCUGUUCAGCAAGGAACUCGUGCUCCUGUCUGCAUGGCCCCCUGGGCUCGAGCUGUCACAAUAAAGCACUCAGAAUCUC